GUGGGGUCCACGGGCCCCGUGGGCUGCGGGUCCUGAACGAUGGGGGCUCAUUAGGCCCGAGCUGACUUAACCUUCCCGGGCCGAGCGGGUAAUGAGGGGCCGCUCGGUCACCGCAUCCUUAGGAAAACACGGUUUAUUAAGACCAGUCCGCCGCGCGCCUCUUAUGAAUAAUUCCUUUCAUUAAUUCGCCGACAUCGCGGUGAUUAAUUCAGGAGUCUCCCAAGAAUGUCCUCCACGGCCGCCUGUUGAUUGCACUGUCGGACUUUGUAUUUAUUAGCUGUUUCAACGAGACACCCAGCAAUUAGUCAAACGCUCUGCAGAUCGGUUUACACUGAGUGCGCUCGACUUAAUUCGGGUUUCCAAAACGCGCCUUGGUAGAAUAAUGUCGGGUGUAUGGGUAAGGUGGGAAGACGCGUCUGAUGCUCGGAAGUAAUGGGACAGUAAUUCUCCAAUUAGUGCUAAUUGAUAGGCAUGUGACAGGAGUGAUGGACUCGGAGUCCUGGCCAAGAGACUGAGCUCUCCUUCAGACCAGAAGGCGAGGAGAAAAAAGAAGAGCUCUCGCGAUAAGACGAGGCUCUCUGCAGGGGAGUGGACUACAGGAAGAAUCAGUGAGGGGUGUGGACUACUGGAGGAGAAGGUCCCGGACUACUGGAGGACUCAGUAAGGGGAGUGGAGUGGACUACUGGAGGAGAAGGACCCGUCCCGGACUACUGGAGGACUCAGUGAGGGGAGUUGACUACUGAAGGACUCAGUGAGGGGAGUGGACUACUGAAGGACUCAGUGAGGGGAGUGGACUACUGAAGGACUCAGUGAGGGGAGUGGACUACUGAAGGACUCAGUGAGGGGAGUGGACUACUGAAGGACUCAGUGAGGGGAGUGGACUACUGAAGGACUCAGUGAGGGGAGUGGACUACUGGAGGACUCAGUGAGGGGAGUGGACUACUGAAGGACUCAGUGAGGGGAGUGGACUACUGAAGGACUCAGUGAGGGGAGUGGACUACUGAAGGACUCAGUGAGGGGAGUGGACUACUGAAGGACUCAGUGAGGGGAGUGGACUACUGAAGGACUCAGUGAGGGGAGUGGACUGCGGCGGGUUGAUUAAUCACCGUCUCGUUGCGGUCUCGUGUGUUCAAUACCCGCGAGGCUCUAGAGACCUGGACACUCAGGUGAGGUCCGCGCGCAGAAGGGGCGCCGCGCGCUCACCUUUCCUCGCGCUCUUUAUAAGGAUGAGGCGGAGGUCCUCUUCGGCAUUUAGCAGACCACCCUGUCCUCCGCCGGGGCGUCUGGAUGGUUUCGCUCCGGGAAAGGGUCUUGAAGGGUAGAGUCUUGGAGCUCAUCGGACCGGCUCGGGUUAAGUCUGCUUUGAUUUCUUACAAGUUGGAGAUGUUGGGAUUCUACGGAUCUUCGUGAACUAGGAUCUUUUUGGGCUUUUCAACGAGAAAUGGAGAUCGGUGGAUUGUGUUGAAUUGGCUUGAACUUUAUUAGACUGCGCUUUUCCAACAAAGACAGAAAACACUCCACAAACUAUAUUUUAAUCAUAUAAUUAACAGAACGUACAAAGUGUCUUUAAUUAACGACAGGCUAGCAGCUGACAUCAGAUCCUGCUGCACCCGGAACAUCAAGAGCAACAAAACAAACUCGGACCUCCUCCACCCUGGGUCCAGCUCCACUAAACUAACCUCCUCCACCGCGAGUCCAGCUCCACUUGACUACCCCGGUUCUCCUGAACCUUCUAUAGGUCGAUCAUCUCUCUCGAUGGUCCAGCGACCAAGCGGCCAGGAUGGAGAGUAGCAGAGACCCCGCGGUGUCGCUGAUGGACGACAGCCCCCCGUCCAGCCCGGGCUCCAGCCCCAGCCCGGACGGCCGGCGCCGGGACCCCCAGAGCCGGUCCUCUCGGGCGGGACAGAGCGUGCCCAGCCCCGGCGGGUUCCCGGGGAGGGGGCGGCCCGCGGCGGCCAACGCGGCCCGGGAGAGGAGCCGGGUUCAGACGCUGAGGCACGCCUUCCUGGAGCUGCAGAGGACGCUGCCCUCGGUGCCCCCGGACACCAAGCUGUCCAAGCUGGACGUUUUGAUCCUGGCCACCACCUACAUCGCCCACCUGACCCGCACCCUGCAGGAGGAGGGCGAGGGGGAGAGCGGCAAGCAGGUCGAGGCGCUGCACUCGCUGAAGGGGGAUGGAUACCUGCACCCGGUGAAGAAGUGGCCCAUGCGCUCCAGGCUGUACGUGGGCGCGAGCGGACAGUUCCUUCACAGCUCCAAGCGCUCCGAGGCGGAGAACCAGGGGCCCUCGUCCUCCACGUCCUAGAACCAGGACCCCUCGGAGAACCAGGGGCCACUCACGGAACCAGGCCCCCCGUCCUCCAGUCCUAUGAGGGUUACUGUUAUCACCUCCCAGCGCGCGAGGAACACGGACAAAUACUGCAUGGCAUUUAAAUUUCAGACUCCAAGUCAUGUUUAUAGCAAGACGUUGUAAAUUAAUAUAUAUUGUAUGUAGGCCAAUGGUUUAUUUUUAAUAUAAUAAUAAUAAUUAGCGUUAUUAAUAUAUAAUAGUAAUUAUUAUUAUUAUUAUCGUUAUCAAUAUGAUCUAAUGGUAAUUAUUAUUAUUAGUAUGAUUAUUAUUAUUAUUAUAUAAUAGUAAUCAUUAUUAUUAUUAUUAUUAAUAUUAAUAUUAAUAACAUGACCAUUAUUAUUAUUAUUAUUGUUAUCAUUAUUAUUAUAGAUUGUGUUUGGCCAGUCGUGUUGCUCUGCGCUCAUGCAUCUCUCGACACGUCCCGCAGCCUGAAUCCCGCGCUCUGAGUGCGCGCGUCACGCUCGAGCUCUCACCCUCAGUGGAAACAUUUGCACUAAAUGCAUGCGGGUGAAUAGCGCCCAUCUGUCAUGUGAAGUGGGCUGUCAGGGGGCGACACGGGACCCCCGGUCCUACUCUGACACGCAUGAUUGUUAUUGUGUUAUUGUGUGAAUAAAUGUGUUUUAAAAGGA